AUGGCGACGGUGGGCUCUGAAGAGAGACCACUGAUCGAGGAUUCGCUUCAUCCAACUUUCUCCUAUAAUGCCAUUGAAGAAGAGACAGAUGCGAGAAGUGUACGAACAGCUGCACUCAAGAAUACUGGGAAUUCCACUGCUCCCCAGACGAUAUUUAACGGUAUCAACACACUAAUAGGAAUUGGUAUCUUAUCUUUGCCUCUGGGAAUGCGCUACGCUGGUUGGAUUCCAGGUAGUGUCAUCUUACUGGCUUGUGCACUGAGCACCCAAUACACGGCGAAGUUGCUUGCCAAGUGCCUCCAAAAGAACGAUGAACUUAUGACCUAUGGUGAUAUUGCCCAAUACUGUUUGGGGAACGUUGCACAUUUCAUCAUCGUUGCUACCUUCACCGUUGACCUUUUAAGUGCAGGCAUAUCAAUGAUUGUGAUAUUUGCAGACUCGUUCAAUGCACUGACAGGAGUGGAUAAGCUGGUCUUCAAGAUCAUCAUCUCUUUCCUCUUCUUCCUGUUCAGCUUCUUGAGACUGGAUAUACUGUCACAUCUAAGUCUCCUUGGAAUCCUAUGCACCACGCUCAUCGUGUUCUCUGUCAUAAUCUGCGGUCUGUUCAAAACAGACGGCCCAGGGUCCUUGCUACACCCUUCACCAACGUCACUAUGGCCACAGGAUGCACAGAAUCUGUUCCUCAGUCUCGGUAUCUUCAUGUCACCGUUUGGUGGCCAUGCCAUAUUCCCUGAGCUGUACAGAGAUAUGGUGCAUCCAAAGAAAUAUAACAGAUCCGUAUCCACAAUCUUUGGAUUCACAUGGAGUGUCGACUUCGCCAUGGCUGGCCUUGGCUAUCUGAUGUUUGGUGAGGCCGUCCUCGAUGAAAUCACCAAAUCGAUCAUGGUUACACCGGGCUUCCCUCAGUGGAUAAACGUUGUCAUAUGUGCCUUGAUGGGAAUACUCCCAGUGUCAAAGGGGCCACUCAUCACACGUCCAAUCAUCACGAUGCUCGACCAAUACACCUCAUCCAAGACCACGUAUAACAAGCUCCCUUCGAGCGUCAUCCGCGCCAUUAACAGGUUUGUCAUUGUUCUCAUCUUCUUCAUCACCUCCCUCGUCUUCACUGACUUUGGACGCAUCAUGUCGUUCCUUGGAAGCGCCAUUUGCUUCGCCAUCUGUAUCAUUUACCCUCUGACCUUCUACCUGAUCAUUUACUACGACGAACUGUCCGUCUGGAAGAUCACUGCCACGGUAAUAUCCAUCAUCAUCAGUGUCAUUUUGGCGGUUUGUGGAACCACUGCGGUGGCGUUAGUGUGA